AUGAUAGUUAGAAACACCGUGCGAGGCCUCUCUGGCUCCGCGAAGCAUACGAAGACGUUGCAGACCUCUCCCGUACAAAUCUCCCUCCGUCAUGCAUCAACGCAAAAUGCUCCCUCGGAAGCAACCUCAGAUACUAGCCGACCGAGAAUACACCUCUCCCCAGAGCAGAGGCAAUUCCUCGAUCGUGCCCUCCGUGUAAAUCAGGCUGGUGAACUAGCAGCAACCCUCAUCUACACGGCCCAGACACCUCCCAUAGUGCAGGCACACCCACACCUGCGCCCGCUCAUGAGACACAUGUAUGACCAAGAAGCCGGUCAUUUCAAGGUCUUCAACGGACUCCUUGCGAAGCACCGCAUUCGUCCCACUGCAAUGUAUCCGGUCUGGCAGGCUGCUGCGACGGUAUUAGGCUGGACAACCGGUAUGAUGGGAAGAGAAGCGGCGAUGGCAUGCACCGAGGCCGUGGAAACGGAAAUAGGGAACCAUUACAAUGGGCAAGUCAGGGAAUUGUUCAAGUGGAUGACAGAACUGAAAGAGAAGGGCGAGGGGCUUGAUCCCGAAUUGAAAGUGUUGAUCGAUGAAAUAAAGCGGAUACGAGAUGAGGAGCUUGAACAUCUAGACCAUGCUGUUGAGAAUGAUGCGAAGGAAGCGCAGCCUUACCAGCCCUUGACAGACGUCAUUCGAUAUGGAUGUCGCGGAGCUAUUUGGAUAAGCGAGAGGAUAUGA